AAAUGGCGACUUUUGGACAUGCGAUUUCAAGGUCGGCGACAAUUCUUUCCCAUUUGAACCAAUAUAGAAGCUUGUCCGGAGUAUCACGGCAGAUUUUGAGAUGCACAUGCAGUAUAAAUAACCAGAGCAACAACAUACCUGAUACAGCAUACAGACUCCAACAUGGUAGAUAUUAUUCCCAGGGCCCAAAUAAGGGAUUCAUCUCAGGAUUGGUAGACAACAUACGACAAGAAUGGAACAAGAACAAAGAAAUGAAGGAUAGUUUAAAGAAGUUUAAAGAAGAAGCAGAAAAACUAGAAAAAUCAGAUGCCCUGAAAAAAGUUCGAGAAAGAUAUGAGAAUAUGGAGUCUGAGACAGCACAGGGAGCAGAUGCCCUCUCAAGGAAACUAGGGGCAUUUAAAGGAAAACUGAAAGAGGGCCUAGAUGAAGUCCAGAAAACAGAUUAUGCCAAGAAAGCUAGUCAGAUAGCGGAAGAGGUGGGAAAGACUGCAGGAAAGGCAACAGAAUCCUUAGGAAAAACCAGCGAACAAAUUACACAAAGUGAUACAUUUAGGUCAAUAAAAAAGGGUGCCAAAGCUGUAAAGAAGGAGCUUGAUGAUUCAACCAUAGCAUCUAGGGCAAGGCCAUACAAAUCACCUGAAAAGUUACUGAAGAGAGAAGAUUUGGCAAUAUUCACACCUAAAAAUGAAAAACCAAUGGAGGCAGAUGAAGAGUCCACUGGCAUGGUCAUGCAUAAAGAUUCCAAGUUCUACCAAAGCUGGCAAAAUUUUAAGGAUAAUAACCAAUAUGUAACAAAAAUGUUUGACUUAAAAUCGAAAUAUGACGAAAGUGACCAUAUAGCAAUCAGAGCUACUAGAACCUUCACAGAUAAAAUGUCUGAAUUAUUUGGUGGAAUGUUCCAGAAAACAGAGAUGUCAGAAGUAUUAACUGAGAUAUGUAAAAUGGACCCCACAUUUGAUAAAGAAUUGUUCAUCAAAACUUGUCAACUUGAAAUUAUUCCAAACGUAUUAGAGGCGCUAGUAAGAGGGGAUCUCGACAUAUUAAAAGACUGGUGCCAUGAAGCAGCCUUCAAUGUGCUGUCCCACCCAAUAAAACAAGCUCAUACAGCAGGUUAUAGAAUACAAUCCAAAGUUUUAGAUGUCAAUAAUGUAGAUAUUGUAGCAGGUAAGAUGAUGGAGCAAGGCCCUGUGUUAAUUAUCACAUUCAACGCUCAACAGAUACAAGCAGUAGUCAACUCCCAGAAUGCAGUAGUGGAAGGAGACUCUGAAAAGAUAAUGCGUAUUCUGUAUGUCUGGGCGUUGUGUCGAGAUCAGACUAUAUUGGACCCGAAAGCAGCGUGGAGAUUAAUAGACAUUUCAGCAAGUUCCUCAGAACAAUGGUUAUGAUGUAUAUUUUCCAUUAGCCAAUUUAUAUUAUCAUUUAUUCCCAUCAUUUGUCUUAAUGGGGCAAAACAAAUUCAUAAGUAUCAAGUUAGGUUUAAAUGAGAUUACUUAUAGAUAUUCAUUUCAUCUCUAAUAUAGAUUCAUAAUGGCUUGGUAUCAUACCUAAAAAGGUAUGACAUUGUCAUCACUUUGUCGCAGUCAUCUGCAACAUCAUCAAUAGACUUGUACACAUGUGGCGACAUAUUGUUGUUAUUGUUUCUAACUUUU